AUGGACUUAGACACUGACGUACCCAUGGAAGACGCCUCGGAAGAGCAAGUUCAGCCCGCAAAAACCGAAUUGAGCAAGGAGCUAAGUAAAAAAGAAGUGAGCACUUCUUCGAUCAACCAAUUGGAUCAAUGGAUCGAAAAGCUAUCCAAAUGUGAACCUCUUUCUGAGCAAGACGUGAAGAAGUUGUGCGAUAUGGCAAUUGACGUUUUGCAGUUCGAAGAGAAUGUUCAGCCUGUUCAGGUGCCCGUCACGAUAUGUGGUGAUGUCCACGGUCAAUUCCACGACUUGAUGGAGUUGUUCAAGAUUGGUGGGCCUUGCCCAGAUACGAAUUACCUUUUCAUGGGUGAUUAUGUUGAUAGAGGCUACUACUCUGUCGAAACAGUGUCGUACUUGGUGUGUAUGAAGGUGAGGUACCCAAAUAGAAUUACCAUUUUACGAGGCAACCACGAGUCUAGACAAAUCACUCAGGUUUACGGUUUCUACGAUGAGUGUUUGCGAAAGUACGGAUCUGCCACAGUUUGGAAAUUGUUCACAGACUUGUUUGACUACUUCCCUAUUACCGCUCUUGUGGACAACAAGGUCUUCUGUCUUCAUGGCGGACUCUCUCCUAUGGUGGAGACCAUUGACCAGGUGCGUGAGUUGAAUAGAAUCCAGGAGGUGCCCCACGACGGGCCCAUGUGUGAUUUGUUAUGGUCUGACCCUGACGACCGCGGAGGAUGGGGUAUCUCGGCUAGAGGCGCUGGUUUCACUUUCGGUCAGGAUAUUUCUGAGCAAUUCAACCACACCAACGACUUAGAUCUUGUUGCUCGUGCGCACCAGUUGGUCAUGGACGGUUACUCUUGGUCACAUCAAGAGGCCGUAGUGACGAUCUUCUCUGCUCCGAACUACUGUUAUAGAUGCGGUAAUCAGGCUGCCAUCAUGGAAAUGGACGAGAGUCAUCAGAAACAAUUCUUGCAAUACGACCCCUCUGUGAGGCCAGGUGAACCCACAGUGACAAGAAAGACGCCGGACUAUUUCUUGUGA